ACCCUCAAGCCGCAAAAAAAGUGAACAUGAGCAAGCUGUCACGUGAUGCAAAAGUUCACGUGACUAGGGCUACACAUGACUUCCAGUCCACCGGCGCCUCCUGGAGAGCAAGGACGCAAGGAAGCAGAGAUGUUCCGAGCCGCGCUGUCCCCACUCCUCUUGCUGCUACUUGUGUCCUGGGUGUCCCGGGGCGAAGCAGCUCCAGACCAGGAUGAAAUCGAUUGCCUCCCCGGCCUGGAAAAGCAGCCCGAUUUCCAGCAGUACUCCGGCUACCUCAGAGCCUCGGAUAACAAGCACUUCCAUUACUGGUUUGUGGAGUCGCAGAAAGACCCAAAGAACAGCCCGGUAGUGCUUUGGCUCAACGGGGGUCCUGGCUGCAGCUCUCUAGAUGGGCUCCUUACAGAGCACGGCCCCUUCCUGAUCCAGCCAGAUGGCAUCACCCUGAAGUACAACCCCUACUCCUGGAACCUGAUCGCCAACAUGCUGUAUAUUGAGUCCCCAGCAGGAGUGGGCUUUUCCUACUCGGAUGACAAGACAUAUGUGACCAAUGACACGGAGGUGGCUCAGAACAAUUAUGAAGCCCUUAAAGAUUUCUUCCGCCUCUUUCCGGAGUACAAGGACAACAAACUUUUCCUGACCGGAGAGAGCUAUGCUGGCAUCUACAUCCCCACCCUGGCUGUACUGGUCAUGCAGGAUCCCAGCAUGAACCUUCAGGGGCUGGCUGUGGGCAAUGGGCUCUCGUCCUAUGAACAGAACGACAACUCUCUGGUUUAUUUUGCCUACUACCAUGGUCUUCUGGGGAACAGGCUUUGGACUUUGCUCCAGACCCACUGCUGCUCUCAGAACAAGUGCAACUUCUAUGACAACAAAGACCCAGAAUGCAUAAACAGCCUCCAGGAAGUGUCUCGAAUUGUGAGCAACUCUGGCCUCAACAUAUACAAUCUCUACGCCCCGUGUGCUGGUGGGGUGCCCGGCACUGAUAGAUAUGAGGACACUGUUGUGAUCCAGGAUUUUGGCAACAUCUUCACUCGCCUGCCACUCAAGCGGCCAUUUCAUCAGGCACUGCUGUUGCGUUCUGGGAACAAGGUACGCAUGGAUCCCCCCUGCACCAACACCACAGCCCCCUCCACCUACCUCAACAACCCGUAUGUUCGGAAGGCCCUCCACAUCCCUGAGAAGCUGCCCCGCUGGGACAUGUGCAACCUCGUGGUGAACUUACAGUACCGCCGUCUCUAUCAAAGCAUGAACUCCCAGUACCUGAAGCUGCUCAGCUCACAGAAAUACCAAAUCCUGCUGUACAAUGGCGAUGUGGACAUGGCCUGCAAUUUCAUGGGGGAUGAGUGGUUUGUGGAUUCCCUCAACCAGAAGAUGGAGGUGCAGCGUCGGCCCUGGCUAGUGAACUACGGGGAGAGUGGAGAGCAGGUAGCCGGCUUCGUGAAGGAGUUCUCCCACAUUACCUUCAUCACCCUCAAGGGCGCUGGACACAUGGUCCCCACGGACAAACCUCGAGCCGCCUUCACCAUGUUCUCUCGUUUCCUGAACAAGGAGCCUUACUGAGGGGACCCAUGGAAGUCCUCAGUACCUGACCCAGCCUCUCCCAGCCUCUCUCUCGGUGGAGAGCUGUCCCACCUUACAGAGUGCCCCUGUGGGGCAGGUCCUGCGCUAACACUAUCCCUGGCCUCUCGCAGCCCUGUGCGUCCCAGCCUGGGCCUCAGGGAUUCACAGAGACAGCCUGGGGCAGUGAGCACUUUGUUCCCCUGACAGUGUGGUGGCUUGACCUCCCCACAACCUGCUUAAUGAAUGCCCCAUCCCAGGACCCCAACAGAGCUCUAGGGCAGCCCAAGGAGAGGGGUGGAUGGAUUGUAAUUGAUGGCUGACUGAUUAUGAAAUUAAAUCCGGCAUAGCUUCAAA